AUGUCUCAAAUCAUCAAGGCUUUGAGUGAGUUAGGAUGCAGUUCACAUAGUAAUAUUAAUAGCCGAACCUUAGUUCCUGCUACCUUAAACAAUGAUAGAUUUGAAUUAGAUCAAGAUACUUUCCUUAAUCAGGAAUUAGAAAUUCAAGAAAUGGAAAAUAGAUUAGUUAAUUGGUUUAUGCCAAAAAUUAAAUUAAAAGAAAUUUAUAAAAUGAACACGUUUGAUUUUUAUAGUAAAAAUAUUAUCCAUACUACGGAAUCUGCUAAAUCUAUAUUCAAUAAACAUGAAAUCAUUAAUUUGUUAAAUAGAAAGUUGUUAGAAAAUCAUGUUAGAGAAGGAUAUCGUUAUAUCCAUCUAGGAUUAAUCCAAAUAGCUAUAAAGCAUUUACAUAAAAUAGGGCUAAACACCCAUAUUUUGUUAGUCCUUUGUGAUACUCGUAUUAAAGAUUUUCAUAACUCAACUAUUGCUAUAGUUGAAUCUAACCUUAAUGAUGGUCCAAUUUACUUUAACUGUCAUCCUAAUUACUCUAUAAUUUUAACUGAUGAAUUCACUAAAAACUCACAUGUCAUAUACGUUCAAGGCCUAAGUGACACAUUUAAUUUUGGAGUUACCAACAUAUACGUUAUUAGUAGAAUUACCUAUAAAGUUAAUUUUAAAUCUCUUAAAAUUAUUCAUAGAAAUGAAACACGUAUUAUUGAAGCUAAUCUUAGCAGAUCUAAUGUUAUGACCCCGAAAAUUCUUACUGCUUUUAAUGUUAUUGACAAAUUUCCUCAGUAA